UACCCACUUCUUUCUCUUCUUCUUAUUCUUCUUCUGCUCCUUCUCUUCAUUGCUACGCGCCGAUCCUGUUCUAACUGACGACGCUGCAGUCGUUUCUUCACUUGGUCGGAAGAGCUUCCCCCAUGGCUUCGUUUUUGGCACAGCAUCUUCAUCCUACCAGUAUGAAGGCGCUGCAAAAGAAGGGGGGAGAGGACCUAGCAUUUGGGAUACCUUUACUCAUCAGCAUCCAGACAAAAUCAAAGGAGGUGCGAAUGGUGAUGUAGCUGUAGAUCAGUAUCAUCGUUACAAGGAGGACGUGAGGCUCAUGAAAGACUUGGGAUUGGACGCCUACCGCUUUUCAAUAUCCUGGAGCAGAAUUCUGCCUACUGGCAAAGUAAGUGGAGGAAUCAACAAAGUGGGAAUCGCUUAUUACAACAAUCUCAUCAACGAACUUCUGUCCAAAGGUUUGAAGCCAUUCGUCACUCUUUUCCACUGGGAUCUUCCACAAACCCUAGAAAGCGAGUACGGCGGAUUUCGGAGCAAACAAAUCAUCGAAGAUUUCACAAAUUUUGCGGAAGUAUGCUUCAAAGAAUUUGGAGAUAGAGUGAAACACUGGAUUACACUCAACGAGCCUUACUCAUACGCUUACACCGGAUACGCGCUGGGCAUUUUCGCACCGAGCCGGUGCACCAAGGUUUUGGGGAACUGCACUGCCGGAAAUUCAGGGACGGAGCCCUACGUUGUUGCCCAUAACUUUCUGCUUUCCCAUGCUAGUGCAGUCAAGUUGUACAAGGACAAAUACCAGGGAGAACAGAAGGGAGACAUAGGCAUCACAUUGGUGACCAACUGGUUCAUUCCAUACACAACCUCUGCAUCCAACCACAAGGCAGCACAACGGGCACUUGAUUUCAUGUUCGGGUGGUUCAUGGAUCCAUUGACCAAGGGUGAUUAUCCAUUGAGCAUGAGGUCACUUGUGGGGGGCCGCAUCCUAAGAUUCACAAAGGGGGAAGCACAACUUGUAAAAGGGUCCUUCGAUUUUCUUGGACUGAACUAUUACACUACCUACUACGCAUCAAAUUAUCCUGCAGGCUACAAAAUCAUUGCUCCCAGCUACGUCACAGAUUCCAAGGCUAACACUUCGGGGGAAAGGAAUGGCAAGCUUAUUGGUCGUGUGGCAGCCUCAUCUUGGCUAUAUAUGUACCCUAAGGGAUUAAAGGAUCUGUUGCUGUACAUCAAGGAGAAAUAUAAUAAUCCAAAAAUAUUCAUUACAGAAAAUGGAUACUCAGAGUUCAAUAAUAGUACACUUUCAUUAACAGAAGCACUGAAGGACCCAUGGAGAAUCGAGUACUAUUAUGGGCAUCUUUACUACCUACAUGAGGCUAUACGGGAAGGAGUUGAUGUGAGGGGACAUUUUGCAUGGUCACUCCUUGACAACUUUGAGUGGGCAGAUGGCUACUCCAUCAGGUUUGGGCUUGUCUUCAUAGACUACAAUAAUGGAUUGCGAAGGCAUCUCAAGCAUUCUGCCUACUGGUUGCAGAAGUUCCUCCAUGCCUAGCUAUAAUUAGCUACUAGCUCGUGCAACUGCAGCAAUAGUGUGCAUUCCCUUUAGCUGUUAUUGUAGCAACAUCAUAAUAAGGUUUGUUGUCAAUUGAUUAUGAGAAUGGACUCAGGUGGUAUCUGAAGCAUUCUACCUUCUAGUAUUGAGGGUGAGAGUUCAUGCCGAGCUAUUGUCUAGUUGUAUAACUGCAGCAAUAGUACUGAUACUCUCUGCCUAUUUCUGCAAUAAUGCCAUAACAAGAUAUGUGGUGCUAUC